AUGGAGCUCACCGAGGCUGACACCGCGGGUGCUUUAUCGCGGAUCCAGGCUAAAGUGACGGCCACCGCGCUGGCUAGUGGUAGCCUGACGAGCCUUUUCUGCUUUGCCACUAGCAGGCCCAUCCUGCGAUACGCCGUGCCGAUCACCGUCAACUGCGUCACCGCAAUGGCGACCCUAGCGGCCGCCCAGGAGGGCAUCCGGGCGCUGCGCGGCGGCCACAGCGACGCGUGGGGCACCGUUGCGGCCGGCGCCCUGUCUGGCGCCGCCCUCGUGGGGCUACGAGCCGGGCCCCCGUACAUGCUGCUGGGCGCGGUCACCUGGGGCCCGGCCUGCGGCGCCGCGCACGCUGCGAACGACUGGCUGCGGCCGGGGCGGAUGGUGGAGGCGUUCUUCAUCUCCCAGGGGUUGUUGGACGAGCCGGGCGAGCAGCACGCGCCUGCCGGGGCUCGAGAGCAGCAGCAGCAGCAGCAGCAGCAGCAGCGGCAGCAGCAGCAGCAGCGGCAGCAGCAGCAGCAGCAGCAGCGGCGGCGGAUGCCGGGCGACGCGCCGCCGGCGUUCCCCCUGCUGCCCGAGGAAGAGGGGCUGGAAUUCCAUGAGCUAAGCGAGCGGCGGCAGACCCAGCUGAUUAAAGCGCUGAAGGAGCGCGAGGUGGCGGAGCUGUAUAGACGGAUGGAUCGCGAGGCGGACGCGAGGGCAGCUGCCAGGAAGCUGCAGCGGCGGCAGGAGCAGCAGCAGCGCCAGGAGGCAGAGCAGCAGCAGGAGCAGGAGGAGCAGCAACAGCAGCAGCAGCAGCAGCAGCAGCAGCAGCAGCAGAAGGAGCAGCAGGAGCAGCAGCAGGAGCAGCAGGAGCAGCAGCAGCGGCGCCAGGCUCCACGGCAGGGCGGUUUGAGCGAAGAAGUGGGGGAGCAGCCAUCACAGCGGCCGCAGGCGGGCGGGCCGCCGGUCGCAGCAGCAGCUACGGCGGGCGGCAGCUGGUGGCGGCAGCUCUUUGGGUGA